AUGCGUAUUUAUCUCCUAAUCGCCCUUGGGCUGGCUCACAAUCUCGUGGCGGGCCCCGCUUAUCGACUGGGAAGCAGACAGGAGGAGGCACUGGUGACCUCGCCGGAUAAUAUGGUCUCGAUAAACGGACCCGACAACUACUGUUUAAUCGUUCCCAAAACAGAAUACACAGACGUGGGCGAGAGUGAGUUCCCCGGCGGAACGACGACAUACUGCUCGCCUUUAGCGAGAUACGAUUUGAAUGCUCAAGGCGAGCUCCCGCAAGAGUUUUGGACGAGCGUGGACUAUACCACGGGGUCGGGUGUGAAUGGUGUGCGGUAUACCCAACGUGCGUUCAAGUUCUACGUGUCUCUACGCCGCGCCGACAAGGAGUUUGUGUGCGAGAACUGA